AAUCGUGGAAACAGGAUCUGACAGUUUGACAGUCUAAUAGUGGUAGACGUAAUUGGAUCAGAUCAAAAAUAGUAGGUGAUUGAUAAUAAAGCAUUGGUUUUACAAAUUUUAAAUAAAUAUGUCAUACAAAGUCGGUCAACGUGUCGAAAUAUCUGGUAAAGAUUGUCAAGGUGUAAUUGCUUAUAUUGGUUAUCCUACAUUUGCAUCUGGAAAAUGGAUUGGUGUAAUACUUGAUGAACCAAAAGGAAAAAAUAAUGGCACUGUCAAAGGACAGCAAUAUUUCAAGUGUCCAGAUAAUCAUGGAAUGUUUGUACGACAAGGACAAAUCAUACUGUUGGAUGAAUCUGGUAAUAGAACAGAUCUUGCCAGUCCAUCUUCAGCAGGUAGUAGUGCUACAACACCUGAUGAAGGAAGUGCAGUCAGAGCUAGAAGUCGUCUUAAUAGCAUGAGUAUGCGUCGAAGGAAUGAACCUACAGCAGUACGGAGAAAAACAUCUCCAGCACAGAUUAACCGACAACAGAGUGACAGACUUUCGGGUUCUCGAUUAUCUUUGGUUGGCAGUAAAACACAGUUCAAUACCUUAUGCACUGAAAAUGUGCCGGGAUCUCUGCAUGAACGUAAAGAUGGUGGUGAAACACUAAUACCAGCUCCCACAACAACUAAACGAGCAUCAUUCAUUGAGAAGUCCCCUAGCACGAGCUCACCUUCCGGCAAAAAGCCAAAGGCCCAAGAUGAUCACAAUAAUACAGGCUUUGUUGAAACUCUGAAACCACAAUUUGUUCCUGGCCAAGUAAUGGCUGGUUCAGCUGCAACCUCUAAUUUAGUGGAGGAAAAAUUAACACAUUUACAACUUAUGCAAGAAAAUGAGAAUUUAAAGGCUCAGGUACGUGAUUUGAAUGAAAAAGUAGAAACAUUAAGAGUGAAGCGGAUACAGGAUAAAGAAAAAAUGAAAGAUUUUGAAAAAACCAAACUUCAACUUGAACAACUUCUUGAAUUUAAAGUGAAAGUUAUGGAAAGCCAAGCCAGUCUUCAAAGAGAUCUUCAGCGAGCAAAACAAGAAGCUAGAGAGGCACAAGCAGCCAGAGAACAAUACCAAGAUGAAAUGGCGGAUCUUGCAGAAACGGUCGAAAUGGCAACGUUAGAUAAGGAAAUGGCAGAAGAAAAAGCUGAAACACUUCAAAUAGAAUUGGAACAAUUGAAAGAAAAACUAGAAGAACAAACACUUGAUUUGGAAAUUCUUCGUAAUGAAAUGUCAGAAAGGGCAUCAGGAGGAGGAGGAGGAUCAACUACAAGUGUAUCAAGUUAUGAGGUAAAACAGUUAGAACAACAGAAUAGUAGAUUACGUGAAACACUGGUAAGAAUGCGUGAUCUCUCAGCACAUGAGAAACAUGAAUUUCAAAAGCUUCAAAAAGAUUUGGAUCAAAAGAAAUCAGAGAUCUUGGAAUUAGGACGUACUAAAGAAAAAUUGUCUGCGCGUGUUGAAGAAAUGGAACAUCAGAUAGCAGACUUGCAAGAGCAAGUUGAUGCAGCAUUAGGUGCUGAAGAAAUGGUAGAAGUAUUAGGUGAAAAGAAAAUGGCUUUAGAACAAAAAGUUACAGAACUUGAAGAAGCUGUCGCAGAUUUGGAAGCUUUACAGGAUAUGUCUGAUCAACUUGCUGAAUCUUCCAAAGAGUUAGAAUUAGAAUUAAGAGAGGAAUUGGAUCUUGCUCUUGGAUCAGCUCGUGAUGCUCAUCGACAUCGUGAUGCAGCUUUAGAAACAUUAGCAGAUCGUGAACUCACUAUAACAAAGUUUCGAGAGCUUACGUAUCAAUUACAAGAGCAAUGUUUGCAAUUGCAACAACGAGUACAGACGACAGAAUCUACUAAAUCUAUUACGCGAGGUGCAGAACAGCAGCUAGCCGAAAUAUUAGAUUUCCAAAAAACUUUUGCAGAAACUCGAGCGCAAACCAAAGCGGUCGACCUCGAAAUACGACGAUUAGAUGCUGAAGAAGCUCAAAGUCAUGUGCGUUACUUACUUUCAUUCAUGUCUCCUGCAUUUUUAGCACGCGGUGGGGAUCACGAUGCAAUCUUAACUCUUUUACUUAUCCCACGGAUGAUACGUAAAACAGAGAUACUGAUUUCACAAGUUAGAGAUAAAUACAAUACGACUGAUAAAAUUGACAGAGUAAGCAUAGUAAAAGGUCAUUCUGUGGAACAAUAUGCUUUUCGUUCACGUCUUUGUGCGUGCAUGUAUGCAUUACAAACUACUCUCGGAUGUUUCGAAUCUGCCCUAAAUGUUUGCAAUCCAGAAGCACUACUUAAAGUAGGAGCUGCAUUCCCGGAAAUGGUAGCGCAAGAAAAAUCAGUGGAUUCGUUAAUUGAAUUAGCCAAAAGAGACCAGCUAGAUGAAAAUCUUUCGGUGGAUGCCGUUGAAAAAUGUUGCGAGUAUUUCUCUACAAUGUUUUCGAUAUUAUUUGGAGGAAGUGCAUCUAUUAAUCAAGCUCGCCUAAUCGUUAAUGGAACUAGAAGUUUAGGUAGUGCUUGUGAUGCCAUUGCAACUGAUGCUGCAGCUAUAAAAGUUCUCAUUCAAGGAGAUACUGGCGAUAUAGGACUUCUUUGUCAAUAUGCUGAAACAACUUGUGAAGUAAUACAGCAGCACUUAAAGUCAGCUAGAAGACGUGUUCCUCGAGAUCAUACCGGAAGCUUAAUAAGCGCAAACCUAGGAUUAGAUGAAGAUUAUAGCAAUCAAUUAUUUGUAUGUUAUCAAGCUUCUGUAAAAAUUAUGAAAACAUUACAAAUUUUACUAAAAAGUGCAUUGCAAGCUAUUGUUGCAAAUGGAGAUUUAGAUACAGGUCUUGCAGCCGAUAAAUUAAAAGAUAUAGCUGCUAUAGCUAGUGAGAAAGUCUAUGAUACUGAAGAUAUAGGGCCAGUGGCAACAAUAAAAUCUAGUUUAACAAUUAUGCAACAAUUUGCAGCUAAUUUAGCACAAAAAAUGACAGAAUGUGAAAAUGAUUUAGCAAUGACAGGGCCUAUUUCACAUCAACAAGAAACAAAUGAAACAAUAGCACCAAUAAUCUUAAUGGCUCAAAUAGCAAGAAAGGAAGCAGAAGAGACCAAAAUACUUAGCAGAAAACUCGAAGCACGAGAUAGCGAUAUACGUGAAGCAAGAAUAGCAUUAAGAGAGAAACAAGAAGAAUUAUCCGAAAUGACUUUGAGAAAAGAAUUAGCGGAGAAGAAAUUUACAACGCAACAGCAUGAACACGAAUUAAAUGUUGAAAAAUUAACAAGAAAGUUAGAAGAAGCUCAAAAUCAACUUAAACGGAAGGAGAAAGAAUUCGAAGAAACAAUGGAUCAUCUUCAAACAGAUAUUGAUAGUUUGGAGACCGAAAGAGGACAAUUAAAAGAAAAAUUAAAAUCAUUUGGAAAAAAGACGAUGAUAUCAACAUCUGGGGGAGAUAUUUCAGUAGGAAAUUCCUCGUUUAUAGCUGCAGGCAUUCAAACUGCAAGUGAUAAAUUGUUGAUGCAAGAAGUAACAUUACUCAAAGAAGCUCUAAAUAAUGAGCAUCUGCAAAAAAGGAAAUUAUUGUCUGAUUCAUUACGUAUAAAACUGGAAAAUUUAAAACCGUUGACAUGUAUGAAAAAUCCGGAAACUACAGAUGCAAAUAUCAAUGAAUUAGAAAAGAAAACCAAUAAUCUUCUAAAAGAUAUCCAUAAUGUAAUAACGUUCCCCACCGUACCUGACUUGACACGUAAUAAAGCGUCUUCAACAAAAACGCCAGUACUCGAAAAAUCAAAACCUAUAUAUCAAUUAUUACAACGACAAAUAUUGAUUAAACAAUACAAAGAAAAGGCUGAUAGAUUGGCAGGGGAAAUACGUGAGGAAGCGGUUAAACGUAAUGUUGGAGGAAGAGCAGAAGCUCAUUUUGCUGUAUUUCCAAAUCGAGAAAUGACAACAGCAAUGCAAGAAAAUCAGAUACUUGCAGCGCAGAUAAGUAUUCCCUAUAGUGGUCCAGAAAAAACACAUACUAUAGUUGUAGGAAAAAAUGAACUUCGACAAGUUCACACUCUUUUAUGUUAUUAAAUUUGUAAAUUAUUUGUUUUGUUCUUCUAGAGAAUUGAGUAUAUUAAUGUGAUAUGUUUCAGGAGUAUUUUAAAAAAGUUUUUUUUUUCUUUCUUUCUUUCUUUCUUUUUUUUUUUUUUUUUUUUUUUUUUUUUUAUAACAUUACAAACAAUUUUGUAUUAUUCUAACGGAUACUUUAAUUUAUUUUUAUAAGAAUAGAAUUUACGUAUUGUAACUUUCAUUUCAUAUCGUGUGUGAAUAAAGCUGUGAUCAGAUUUAGUAAUUCGUCAUAAUUAAGAUUACAAGUUGUCUUAGUAUUGACAUAUUAUAAAAUGCUGAGAUUUACGAUAAAUUAUUGUAUUCAUCAUUAUAAUUUUAAAUUCAUUCUUAUAAUUGUAUUAUUUUGAAAUUUCUAUAUGAAAAAUAUUAUCCCAUAUAAGGCAAGCAAAUGUAGCCAUAAUUUUUCUUUGUAUCUUAAAUAUAUAAAAUAAAUUAUAUACAAAAAAGCAAGAAAAAAUAAAAAGGGCAAUGUCCAAUUCUAAAAAGUAAAAGGAAUUCGAUGUUUUCCUUUGAAAUUAAAGAUAAAAUCAAACAAUAAAUAUAAUACAAUGUUUCAGUAUUUAUUUAUAGAGGUAAAAGGAGCAGUAAUGUUAAUGUAUUUCCUCAUUGUUAUGCAUUAAAGUAUAUCUUAGUUAAUGUUACUGUCACAAUUUCAUUGCAUACACACACGCACAAAUAUGUAUAUACACCAGAGACAUUAAUAAGUGCAUAUAUCAUUAUUUAUUUAUUAACUUACACAUUCGCACAUUCGUUUUCUUGUUUUAUAACCAUACACACUAUUCAUUUCAUUUAUACCUCCCACUAAUGAUUAAUCAUACACAUUUAGUUCUUUCAGUAAUAAUUAUGCACAUUCUCACUUAAUAAUGAUUAAUGUUUUUCUUGGUAGAAUUUCCCACUUGUAAUGGAACAAUAUAAUCUAUAUAUGUAACUAACGUUGUUUUCGCAUCGCGAGUCACGAUAAUAUUAGCUAUUUUUUUAUAUUUUCUUCCACCUCAAAGACACGAUAACACGGGUAUCAAUGAUGGUAUAUGAUUACAAUUUUGUCAAAGGCAAUCGUCAGGAUAUAUAUGUAAAAAUUAAAUCAUAAUAUUUGACAUAUAAUAUAAGGUCAUAUAGACAAAACAAAACAAAAAAAGAAUAAUAAAUAAAUAUUUCGAAAUUUAUUAUUAUCUGUAAAUAUCGCGACAUUUUAGUAAGAUCCAGAAUUCUUAUUUCUGAAAUAAAGAAUAAUAGAAGCGUGAUAACGACCUUUUAAAGAUUAUAAUAACCCAUUUUAUAUUGUAGAAUUUCGUAUCAGGCGAUUUUAUGAAAACUGAAAAAAACCGAAAUAUGAACUCACCAA